UCCUCCUCCUCUCCUCUCCUCUCCAUCGGCUCCUCCUCCUCCUCCUCCUCCUCCUCCUCCUCUUCUCUUUCUCUCUCUCUUUGAAUUUUAUUUUGUUAAAACCGGAGAGUUGUACCAAAAGAAACAGAGAGAAAGGAAGAGGGGGAAAAAAGAGGAAAUUUAAAAAGAAAAAAAGCUUUAUUUGUAAUUUUAUUUAUUUAUUUAUUUAUCGCUGCCUCGCCAUGGAGGGGGAGAGCUCCUGACGCUAAAAUGCGCGGGUUGGCCCCCCUUGCUGUACGGCGCCUCCUCCCUUCGAUCUAGGGUUCCAAUCGUCCCCUAUUUCUUUCUCUCGUCCCCUUCUUGAUUUCUCCGCUUGUUGUCUUUAAUCAUGGAGGGAAGGAGGGUUUGGAGGGCAGGGGCGGCGUUGUUGGUUCUUCUUCUGGUCGUCGUCGGGCCGGCGGCGGCUGCCGCCUCGGUGUGCCCUAGGGUUUCAGCCAGCGAGUCGAUCUUGGGGCGGCCGGACUCGUGCUCGGCCCUGGAAUCUCCGGUGCUCGGCGGUGAUCUGAUCGGCGUCGUCGAGGGAGAUGAGGCUAUAUUGCAGAGGGCACUGAAUCUAGUGUACAGCAAGAGGGAGGACUAUGUAGCUGUGCUCUUUUAUGCUUCAUGGUGUCCUUUCUCUAAAAUUUGCCGACCAAAUUUCCAGGUUUUAUCUUCCUUGUUUCCAACCAUUCGUCACUUUGCAUUUGAAGAAUCUGUCAUCAGGCCAAGCAUGCUCUCUAGGUAUGGUGUUCAUGGUUUCCCAACUCUUUUCCUCUUAAAUUCUACAAUGCGAGUGCGGUAUCAUGGAUCACGAACCAUCAAUUCCCUAGUUGCUUUCUACAAUGAUGUUACAGGUGCUAAUCCGGCAUUGCUAGAUCCAAUACCAGUGGAGAAAAUUGUGGACCCAUCAAAUGAUAAUGGACUCAAGGAAGAUAAUGGACAAGAAAACUGUCCCUUCUCAGGGGCAAGGUCACCAGAGAAACUGCUUCAACAGGAUACAUAUCUGGUGCUGGCCAGCUCCUUUGUGCUAAUGAGAUUGCUUUGUAUCCUUCUUCCAAAACUAAACGCCUGUGUCAAGCGAGCUUGGAGGAGGCAUAUGCAGUAUGCGAGCUUGAUGAGCUUGCAAGAUCGUUCACAGGCUUAUGUUGACCAUGUUAAACAAGGUUUCAACAGAUUGAAUCCAUGCAAAAGAGGCAAUUUGCAGGAAGGAGCGAUGAAUGCAAGAGCAUGGGCUUCCAAGUCACUGGCAUCAGUCUCCAUCGGUGAGCCAAGUUCUGGAAGAGCAUACUCUGGAGGUGACAGGAGAUGAAGAUAACAGUGUUACCUUUAAAACAUCGUCUGUGUUGUAGACAGGAUAUGCUAAACAGAGAUCAAGCUUGUUUUAAUUUUUAAAUUAUGAUGGGUGGUGAUAUUUCUGGCAACAUCCUGUCCUUAGGAAGGAGCUCAUUUAAGGUUUUGCUAUAACAUACUUUUUAUUUACAUAAUGUUGUUGAAGAUACCCCCUUCUGUAUUGUUGUAAUUGUAGCUAGCUGCUGCUCCACUUUGGUUACAUCAAGUGAUGUAAUAUGGUAUCAAUUAUCGUCAAAAGGAUGUAAUAUACGCAGUCCUUGAUUUGUUCC